GUCUCUUGUUGUACCUAUCAUGACUCUAUUUGUUACAAUUAGUUCUCGACGCGGAAUAAAUCACGAUCUUUUGUUGUAUCUAUUAUGAGUCUCUUGUUAUACUAAUCAUUCCCGAUCCGAAAUAAAUCCCAUCUAACCGAACACGACUUAAGAGUGGCGUAUAUCUACGCUAUUAGUGCCAAAUUUGUACUAUGUUCUUAUAGGAAAAAUGUCCAUGUGUAUGUUCCUCAUGGAGUCAUGGUCUUGUUUUCCUGACCUGCUGGGCCUCAAAACUAGGCAUAAAUUCACAAGACCCAACCAAGCCCAAUUGCAUUCUUGCGAAAUAGACCCUGGACACCUCUGAAAUUAACAAGUAUCUCACUGACCGGGCUUCCCCGAGGUGAUGCGAUUCGCGACUCCUCCAGCGGCCUAGCCAAGUGCCCCCAAUUCACAACGCAUCCUGCCAUCCUCGUCUCCUCUCCCACCCUCGACCGCGAUAACACUAGCGACAGCCGCGCUCUCUCUUGAUCUCCGCGGGGAGCUCCAGAUCUGCAGGCCGGCGGCUCAGCGUCCGGAUCGGGAAGCGAAGAUGACGGAGGCCUGGGUGCGGAACAAGCCGGGGAUGGCCAGCGUCAAGGAGAUGCCGCUGGUGCAGGACGGCCCGCCGCCGGGCGGGUUCGCGCCCGUGCGCUACGCGCGCCGGAUCCCCACAUCGGGGCCCAGCGCCACCGCCAUCUUCCUCACCGCCUUCGGCGCCUUCGCGUACGGCAUGUACCAGGUCGGCCAGGGGAACAAGGUCCGCCGUGCGCUCAAAGAAGAGAAGAUUGCGGCCCGUAGUGCUAUACUGCCGAUGCUCCAAGCUGAAGAGGAUGAAAGAUUUGUCAAAGAGUGGAAGAAGUAUCUUGAGGAGGAGGCCAGGAUCAUGAAAGAUGUUCCAGGAUGGAAGGUUGGCGAGAGCGUGUACAACUCUGGGAAAUGGAUGCCUCCGGCUACUGGUGAACUCCGCCCUGAGGUUUGGUAAGGGCCUGCUGCCAGCGCUGAUAAUUUCAUCAUGUCAUGAGGACAUGAAUAAGGCCUCUAAACCUGUGUACCUUUAUUUUUUUCCUUUACCAAGGAUCGACUCCUUAAACACCUCUGUUUGUUGUGGUGUGUGAAAUUUGACUGGCUAAUAAUUGGACAUAUCAAGCCGACUUCCUUGUCUUCCGAAUUUUGAACUGUGCUUGCACGUUGAUGACGAUGCAACA